AUGGCCGGGACGCGUAACUAUGAUUUUCUGAUCAAGCUACUGCUUAUUGGUGAUUCCGGCGUCGGCAAGUCAUGCUGUCUCCUACGCUUCAGCGAAGACUCCUUCACACCUUCCUUUAUCACCACCAUCGGUAUCGACUUCAAGAUCCGGACCAUUGAGCUCGACGGCAAGCGCGUCAAGCUGCAGAUAUGGGAUACGGCAGGCCAGGAACGAUUUCGCACCAUCACAACCGCCUAUUACCGUGGUGCCAUGGGCAUACUCCUUGUCUACGAUGUCACUGAUGAACGUUCCUUUGAAAAUAUACGCACCUGGUUCUCCAAUGUGGAGCAGCACGCAACUGAAGGUGUCAAUAAAAUACUCGUCGGUAACAAGUGUGACUGGGAAGAUAGGCGAGUUAUAUCAACAGAAAAGGGUCAACAGCUGGCAGAUGAAUUGGGAAUCCCUUUCCUCGAAGUCUCGGCAAAGAGCAAUAUCAAUGUUGAGAAAGCCUUUUAUAGUCUGGCAUCAGAUAUCAAGAAAAGAAUCAUUGAUUCUACAAAGAGUGAUCUAUCUACGCCCCAAGGAGUGGACGUAGGAGCGCCCAGUGGUGGUCUAAGCGGAAAGUGCUGUUAG